CACCAACAAAAUCAACCAGACAUAACAUCUGUCAGCCUGCUUGGCCUACCCCUUUGCUCAGGAAGUUCAUCAAUUACACAGCAGCCGGUGCAAAUUAGCUAUCGCUUAAGGCAAAACGAUGAGAUGUUGGAAGAAAUUGAAAUUAGAAAACCGAGGUCAUUUUCUAUGUCAAAUAACAGUCAUAUGCAUUCAGAAUCAGACUUCAUCCUUGGAUUUACAAAUUAUGGAUUAAACAUCAUUGCCAGUAGAAACGUGGGCGUCAAGAGAGAAGUGCCAGACACCAGGCAUAAAAUGUGUCAUCGAAAAGUGUAUCCAGCCAAUCUACCUUCUGCUAGCAUUAUUGUUUGUUUCUACAAUGAAGAAAUUAACGCCUUGCUUCGGACAUUAUACAGUGUUAUCAAUCUCACUCCAUCUCAUCUCCUUGAAGAAAUUAUUUUGGUGGAUGACAUGAGUGAAUUUGAUGAUUUGAAAGAAGAGCUAGACCAUAGGCUGGAAGAUUUUCGGGGAGUGCUUAAGUUAAUAAGAAGCGAAAGAAGAGAGGGACUCAUUCGAGCAAGGUUGCUUGGAGCAGCUCACGCUUCCGGGGAUGUUCUAGUGUUCCUGGACAGCCACUGUGAGGUGAACAGAGGCUGGCUGGAGCCCCUGCUGUCUGUCAUUGCCAAGGACUCAAGCAUGGUGGUAUGCCCUGUAAUAGACGUCAUUGAUGAAUUCACCAUGGAAUAUAAGCCCGCUCCCAUUGUGAGGGGGGCUUUUGACUGGGCACUGAAAUUUAAGUGGGACAAUGUUUUCUCUUAUGAGAUGGAUGGCCCAGAAGGACCUACUAACCCAAUCCGAUCACCUGCCAUGGCUGGAGGAAUUUUUGCUAUAGAUAGGCGCUAUUUUAAAAAAAUUGGACAAUACGACAAGGACAUGAAUCUUUGGGGAGGAGAAAAUUUGGAAAUUUCAUUAAGGGUAAUUCAGACUUUAUUUUUGAAGCAGAUCUGGAUGUGUGGAGGCCAGCUGCUUAUAAUCCCCUGCUCUCGAGUAGGACACAUCAACAGGAAGACUGUGAAAAACAACAUGACCCUCAUUCAAGUCAUUUCGCGAAACUACCUGCGGCUGGUGCACACUUGGCUGGAUGAGUACAAGGAGGAGGUUUUUCUUCGCAGACCUGGAUUACGAACAAUGUCCUUUGGAAACAUUAGCGAGCGCGUUGAAUUAAAGAAGCGACUGGGCUGCAAGUCAUUUCAGUGGUAUCUGGAUACAGUGUUCCCAGAGUUGGAGGCAUCUGUAAGCAACAAAUGAAAGAAAAAUCUUUUCACUAAUAAAGGAUUAAAAAUUC